AUGGUCAAAUCGCACGAAGGCAUAAUCGGCAAUGGCUACUGGAAGCCAGUCAAGGCUGAUACAGAACCUUCCUCGUUCAACCGAGCAACAGAAUGGUGCGGCAAGGCCAUCCGCCCAUCGUUCCUCAGAGACUCAGACUCGACAUCUGCCAGGAAGCGCACAGCAUAUCUAGAUGGCUUGCGAGGCUUCGCAGCGCUGUUGGUAUACUGGGGACAUCACGAACUAUGGGCACAUGAUUCAGAAGCUAUCCUCGAGAACGUGUAUGGCUACGACUCGCAGUACUAUUUCGUCAACUUACCUGGUGUACGGCUGUUCUUCUCAGGGGGCCAUCUGGCGGUCACAAUCUUCUUCGUUCUUUCUGGAUAUGUUCUAUCUGCCAAACCACUGACGUACAUCCAAGCUGGGGAACAACUUUCGCUGGGAGACAAUCUAUCUUCUGCACUGUUCAGACGCUGGAUUCGUCUACAUAUCCCACUUAUCUGCACGACGUUCUUGUUUAUGAGCUCGUGGCACUUGUUCGGAUACAAAACAGAUACCGAAGCACAGUCCAACUUUCGCGAUGAGGUUUGGAACUGGUACUGCGAAUUCAAGAACUUCAGUUUUGUCUUCCGAACAGGUGGUGAGCCAAUGUUCUCAUACAACUUCCACACGUGGUCGAUUCCCGUGGAGUUCCGCGGCUCUGUCGCAGUCUACACAGCACUGUUGGCAUUUUCAAGAUGCACGCGGAACGCUCGGCUCUGGUGCGAAGUCGGACUUGUAAUAUACUUCAUGUAUAUUGCAGACGGCUGGUCCAACGCGGCUUUCAUAGCCGGCAUGCUCCUCUGCGACCUUGAACUCCUUUAUGCAAGCAGAAACAUCCCAGAGACGUUCAAGCCCCUGGCACGAUUUAAACACACCAUCUUCUACUUGAUGUUUUUCAUUGCCCUCUAUCUUGCGGGCGCUCCUGCUUCAAGUUCUGACAUACAUGUCCUAAAGAACUCUCCUGGGUGGCAUUAUCUCUCGUAUCUCAAGCCGCAGGCAGUGUAUGACUAUAAGUGGUUCUACCUUUUCUGGGCAGCCACAUUUAUGGUUGCUUCAAUCCGACAUAUUUCGUGGCUGAAGCGCUUCUUCGAGACACGCUUCAAUCAAUACCUCGGACGCAUCUCAUAUGGAUUUUACUUGGUCCAUGGCCCCAUCUUAUGGUCUUUAGGAGACAGAAUUUACGCAGCCGUUGGCUGGUCAAGAGAGCCGCAUGCAGUGAAUAUGCCUGAGUGGAUAAAUUUUCUUCCUAUAACGAAAGCUGGUCCAUAUGGUUUGGAGGUCAGUUUUCUUCUUCCACAAUUAGUCCUACUGCCGAUUACUCUGUGGUCGGCAGAGAUUGUGACUGUACUCUUUGAUGAACCCAGUGUGAGGUUUGCACAGUGGCUGUAUGGCAAGACAUUGGCUCCUUGCGUGAAGGCUUAA